UGUUAUACUGCUCCUUUGGGAACCGUGAUUCUAUUCGUGAAUGCCUAAUUGAUUAAUGGUGAUUCCAUAGCAAAUGAAUAUUUGCAUGCUGCAGUUAUGUGCUUCCAUUGUGAAAACAUAAUUGUUUUAUGGUGAUAAUAUGUCAAAAUCAAACAUAAGGAAGAUAACGGUUGACCCUACGAAAUGUAAUACAGACUCUCGUCGACCAAGUGUGUUUGAGAGAUUGGGGACCAAACCAGCAGUUACUGCCGGCCAAAAUUCGUCGGAUUAUUGUAGAAACUGGGCACUAAAUGGUAGCUGUUCGUACGGAAAGAAUUGCAAAUAUGCAAAUACUCACACAUUAAUAAGUCCAUCCAAGCGUGCCAAAAAGGAUAAUGCUAUUGCAAGUACAGCAGGACUCACUGAGGAUUCAUUUAAAAGGCUUACUUCUAAAAUUGUAAAAAAGGCAUCGCACAGUCCAGAUUUAAAUUUGGAAGAGUGGAAUCAAACAGAUUUGGAAUACGAGGACGAAAAAGUGUUAGAAAGACGUAGACAGCUAUUACAACGUGAAUUAGAAUUACAAAUGAAGAAGGAUAAAGAAGUUCAUGGGAAAGACAAAGUGAGACAGAAGAAAAAGGCUAUGACUUCAUCCUCUAGUUCUCAUACUUCAAGUACAUCUAGUAGUAGUAGUAGUUCUAGUAGUGAAGAUUCAUCUUCUAGUUCAACAUCUGAUUCACGUAAGAAAGUUAAAAAGAUUAAAUCUAAACGACAUCAUAGUGGAUCCACUGAUUAUGACGAAGAUAAAGAAAGAAGAAGGAAAUUGAAAUUGAAAAGACUUGGAACUAAAAAUGAAAAAUCAUCAAUUAAAAAAAAACGUAAGUUUGAAAGUAGUUCAACUAAAAAAGAAAUUAAUGCUAGAUCAGUGAAGAAAUACAGUUCAUCUUCAACAUCAAAGAAACAUUCUUCUACGCCACGAAUAAGAUCACCAGCAAUACAAGUAUCUACAACAGUAACAUCAACAACAUCCGCAGUAUUAGGAUCUUCUGUAUCCGUGCCUCAUCAUGGAACAUCUAAUAAAGUUCGGGAGAGAAAUAGAAGCGAAUCUCCAAAAGCAAAGAGCAGGGAUAUAGAUAAAGAAGAUAGGCAUUACAAGAAAGUACGAGAUGCAGAUGAAUUAUCUAAAGAUAGCACUAAAAGUAAACCUUUUGAUAAAGUUAAAGAACAGGAUAAAGAUAAAGGUCGUACAAUAGAUGAGAAAAUAAAAACAAGCGAAAGAUUAAAAGCAAAAUGUAAGGAUAAAGAUAUUCGUUCUAGGACACCUCCAUCAUCUGAAAGAUCAAAACAUCAACAUUCAAAGGAAACAAUUUCAACGAAAACUCGUCGUAGCCGUACACCUGAAAAAUCAUCAAGAUCUAAACGAGAGCUUUCGCCAUCGAAGGCGCAAGAUAGACAACUUUCUACUAACAGAUCACGGGAUGUGGAAAAGAAAGAUCGUGAGUCACAUAAAAGUGAUAAAACUAAAGACAGAGAAGAUAUAAGAAAAACUGAACAAAAUAGUAAACCAAGACAAGUAUCGAAUCAAGAAGAAAGUCAUAGAAGAAUUGGUAAAGAGUUUGAUGAUAAAACUUAUUUAGGCGAUAAAACUCGACAAAAGAGCAGAGAGCGGCGUGAUAAAGAGCAUACGAGGGAUGAACGUGGACAUUCAAGGCUCGCUCGAGAUCAGCGAGACACUCGUGAUAAGGAUAAAGAAGACAUACAAGAACGUUGUCGUGAACGACCACGGGAAAGAGAUCGUGAUCGCGAUAGAGAUCGGGAACGUGAUCGUGAACGGGAUAGAGAUAGAGAUCGAGAUCGCGAUCGUGAUAGAGAUCGGGAUCGUGACCGAGACCGUGAUCGCGAUCGUGAUCGAGAUCGUGACCGCGAAAGAGAAAAAGAAUCAAUAAAAGCAAGAGAUAGAGAUGUUCCAUCUUUAGUUUCAACAUCGAUAAGUUUAACAACAGAUAAAAAUUCGCGUUAUAGUCGGGAUAAAGAACGAAUUGUGGUAAAGGAUAAUACCUUUGAAAAAAAUGGAACUCGAGAACGUAGAAGUGAUAGAGAAAGAGAAAGGUCUGAAACUAAAGUCCUUUCCGAUAGGGACAGAACGUCUCAACGUAUUGAUAGUAGAUAUGAUAGAAAUACUGUAGAUAAAGAUGCAUCAAUUCGUAAAACUGGUGUAAAUUCACCUAGGGAUCGAGUUGAUCGUUUUCCACGAGAAAGAUCUUUGGACAGAACAUCCUUGCUUGAUAAAAGUGUACACAAUGCUUCAUCAUUAACGCAAGCAGCUUCUUUACCAGUCGUUCAGUCUUCUAUAGCAUCUUCGUCGUCCUCGUCCGCACCUCCUACAUUAUCAAGUUCGCGAGAUAAUUUAAUUGAUAGAAUAGAUAUCGGACAUUAUGAUCGCGAAAGACACAGACGAUUCAGUACAAGAUAUGAUAGAAAUCAUACAUCUGAACAUGAUCAGUCACGUGUUACCCCAACCAAAGUUGAUCGUUUAAUUGAAAGACGAGAAACUAGUCCACGUCGAACCAUCGAAAUCGACCGAAAUUAUAAUAGAAAUUAUGGACGUUUAUCAGAACAUUGGGAUGAGCAGGAGGAAACAUCUUCGCAUUUAGAUUAUCGUGAUCACCAUGUUCACGAAGACGACAGGAGAAAAACCAUUGAUGGGAGGAGAUAUGAUAGCCCAUUUGAUGAAAGACGUGGAAUUCGUGAAGAAAGAUCUCGAGAAUCUAGAUAUGUCGUUCAAACUACUGAUAGAACUUCUUUUGAUGAUCAUCGACAUCAUCAUCAUCAUCAUAGACAUCCACUUUAUCCUGGAGAAAAAUUAAGAAGUAAUACUUCUAUUCGUGAUGAAAAUGUUCCUAACGAUGACUGGGAUAAUCAUCAUCGUGAUGUAGAACAUGGUAGAGAACGUGCUUAUGGUCCUGUUGAUUGGGAAGAAAGAGAAUGGAGAGUGAGAGCAUUAUGGGAUAGUAGAGACAGUCUUCCUCGAUCAGAAGUUCAUGACGAUGACUGGAAUUCUCGGUAUGAUAAUUCUGUAUCAGAUUGGAAAUCAAGUGAUUCUCGAAAAUGGGAAAAUCAAUCAGUACAUAUUCGCAGCCACUACAGAAACGAACGAUCUAAAGAAUUAGAAAUAUCAGAAUCCACAUCACAUAAUAAAAGGAGAACUUAUAACAGUUCUGAAACUAGAGAUGAAUGUUCAGUUCUUAGUUCCAAACAAGCAUCUUUAUAUGGUAGCAUGAAAGAAGAACCUAUUAAUAAAAAGUUAAUGGAACUCGCAGAAGGCAAACUAUCUACAACUCGAGAAAAAUCUACAGAUGUUUUUCAAAAGAAGGCUGUAUUAAAGGAAAAAUCUGAAACAAAAGAAACUAUUACCUCUGAAUCAAAACGUACUUGCAUUGAUGAAUCCUUGCAAACUCUCCAUACUGAAAGCGAUUUGAGUGACAUUAGUGAUGAUCCAGAUGACAUUUUAAACAUGGAAGAUAUAACUGAUAUGGACGCAAGCAAAACACGAAUAACUAAGAAAACUCCUGAUACUAUACAGCGAGAUGGUCAGCCAAUAACUCAAGAGGUAGAUCUCUCGUCCCCAAAAGAAAUUAUAGAGGAAACUGUUUUUAAUACCAAAGGAAAAGAUAAUACUGACACAAUGUCAUUUAGAAAUAUGGAAGAUGAAAAUAUAGAAACUAUGGACUUUGAAGAAAUUUCUGAUGGCGAAUUAGAAGAAGACAUUAAAACGAGUGGUAAAGGUUUGGGUGAUGCUUUAGGAGUUGAUUGGGAAAGUCUUGUUAAGGAAACACAACCUCAUAAAUCUAUAUCAUGUAAUCAGAAUUCAGAAAAUCGCUGGCAAUGCAAAGCAAUUCUGCAUAGAAUUGGUGUUUCUGCAAAAUAUGCGGGUGAAGAUUUAAUGAAAAAAUUAACAAAAAAAUAUGGAAAAGAUGAUCAAUCAGAAUUGUUUCUUCAUAAUGUUGCAUUUAUGCAUACAGCACUUGCACGAAAUCGUUUACUAUGUGACUUAAAUAAUGAUAUGUUACCUACAGUGGAUGAUUUUCUGUACAGGAAUAAUAAUGUAAAUAUUGAUGAUGAUGUGGAUUAUGAUUUAGAAAUAUUAAGACCUUGUACAGCUUUAUAUGAAGAGGCAAAAUGUUUAUUACAACAGACUGUAUAAAACAAUGUUUUUAUUUAUGGGACAUGACUCCCAGUAUUGCACUUUACUACUAAAUUAUAUAUAAUACAGCAUAGAGUACAAGUACAUCACUUUGUUACUUGCUAGUCUGGUUCAGCUAUUUAGCUAUUUCCUGCUGCCAACUUAGCCAUUUGCGGUGCAAUGUAAAAAGAAAUUAAAUUGAUACGUUU